AUGGUCAAGAUCGACUUGGAGAAGGUCCUUGGGGACAAUGAUAAGGAAGAGAUCAGCUCUUUGCUUACCGCGCAGAACUCCGGGAACCCCUUGCGGAAUUUGCGACCUUCGAGGACGACAAUAUGGCGAUGUGUUGGAUUCGCGGUGUUAUUACAGGGUUUGGUAUGCUGGAACUGGUUCUUCCGCAGCGAGUCAGUAUACAUUGGACCAGCGUAUAAUGUUACAGAGACAGUUGAGCUAGUUACCGCUUACUACGAAUUGCUACGAGAUAUGCGAUACAUUGGACGAGACAUGAUUGUGUAUCCGCCGCAUACAGGAGCCCUGGCAAUCAAUGUUACCUUGGCCUCCGAGCUGGGCCUGGACGAGGCUGUGAUUGAGACUAUGCUGCGACUGCCAUAUAUUUUGCCGCACGAGGAUCAAUACAACAAAAGUGAAUAUAUGAGUGAGCUAGAGCUUACAGCGCUGCAUAAUAACGAGCCGGACUGGUGGAAGGGCUGGAUGAGACAGAGUCGAGACAUACUGUGGAGAAAUGGGCAUUUCGUUGAUUACCGAAACGAUGCAAAUAUUCGCCUGGCUCGAGAUCCUCUGAAAAGAUGGGAAAUCACCUUCAUGCAAGGAACGACAUUCGAGCAGGCCAUGCUCGAAUUCCAGCCAUUGCCAAAAUCAGCAAUUCCUCUGUCCAUAAUUGGAGCUCGGAGAUAUGGGCUCGUCCUUGUGCUCGAUACCGCAACAAAUAGAAUUGUUGUCUUGGAUAGUCAAGGCAACAGCCGAGGCGCCGAUCCCUUCUUCGGACGAUUCAAACUCGAUAAGCUCCCAUCCAAGUAUAAAAUACAUAGAACACUAUUCUAUGGGGAAGAAGACGUUCAUGCUCGACUUGCUUCGGAUCUUCUGCGCGACUUCAUACAUCUGACAAGCCAUUUAGAAUCCGGCUAUCUUCCGGGCUCUGUUCGCACUGAUAAGGACUAUACUCCGGAAUUGUGUCCUCCAAUGUGGGAGAAAUGGGUUCAGACGCUCUAUCGUGACUAUGGAUGGCCCGCUGGAGAGCAACUCGAAGAGUGUCAGUACUUGUCUCUUCGGCGAAAUAAUACUUGCGACCACAAUCCUAUGGACAGUUUCAAAACCAAGCCUUUCGACCAAGCAAUGAGUUCUCUGCGUCACAAUAUCACCGUUCGAUACAUGCCUGACUGGUACUGUCCUGUGCCUCGAAGGGAAGAUGUGAUUACGCAUCUCAAAAACAACAAGGCCCUGACGGAAGAGCAAAUAACCUAUGCUGAAAGCAAUGAGCCAGUCAUCCCACUGGACUUGGACAGUUGGGGUGGUAGACUACCCUUCAUGCAAGGCUGA